GAUCACUUUCUCACCGUCCCCGCACACAUCCUAGCGACAAAGACCAAACACAAUCAACAUGCCACAAACAGUAUAACCGCUUAAUCUUGACACAAUCAGCAGCAUCAUGACCCUGUGUAAAUUCUUUCAGCAGGGAUACUGCAAAAACGGAAAUAACUGCAGGUUCGAACACCCGAAUGCGAACAGCAAUCGCUUCUCCGCCUUUGGCGGAGGCGGAGGCGCAUCGAACAACCGGAACACCAAAGACCUACCAUUCAACCUGAGCAAAGAAACAAUACAGCUGGAUCUUACCACGGAGAAGCCUCAGUGGAUUCUGUCGUCUUACGGACCCGGUCGGGACGCGCCGGAGCAGCUGUUCGGUGGCUUCCCCCGCGAACAAAGCUUCGAGGAGGUCCGCUUGGUAUACGAGGAGGGUGUGUUGAUGGGAAACCCCCAGGGUGCACUUAGCCAGAUCGAGGGAAUUUACCGAGAUGCCGACAACCAGAUUCAGAAUGCGCUCCAAAACCUGGACGGCGCGGUUGAAUACAUAAUAAGCGCCCAAAACAAGAGUCCUAAUAGGCUAUCAGUCGUGCAAAACAACAGCAAUGGCACAUUUGCUGUUGGCAGACAGCAGCAAACAAGUAACCCAUUUGGAGCACCCAAACCAUUUGGAGCUGCGGCCGGAGGCACGCCCGGAGCUUUUGGACAGCCGUCAGGAGGUUCGGGAGGGGGCUUUGGUCAGCCAUCAACGCUUGGUCAGACUUCGAGCCCUUUUGGGGCACCUUCUUUCGGGCAACCUGCGAAGCCUGCCGGAGGUUUUGGUCAGCCUUCUACCCUUGGCGGCGGUCAGAGCGCGUUCGGACAGCCUUCGGCUUUGGGAGGGACUCCCAGCGCAUUCGGUCAACCUUCAGCACUGGGAGGGGGCAUUGGCGGUUUUGGUCAAGCAUCUGCCUUGGGACAAAAGCCUAGCCCUUUCGGUACGCCAGCGUUUGGGCAAACUUCUCAACCAUCUACUGCUACCCCAUCUGGGUUUGGUCAGCCCUCUGCCGCUGCGGCGCCAGCAUUUGGACAACCGUCACAGCCUGCACCUGCAUUUGGAUCGACGACGCCUAUGGGUGGCACUGGGUUCGGCCAACCAUCAACCCUUGGACAGAAACCGAAUCCAUUUGGUGCACCGUCGACCACAAACGGGAGUGCUUUUGGGGCGGGCACCACAGGCUCAAGCCCGUUCGGACAAACCAGCAAUUCUAGUCCCUUUGCCCAGGCUGCCUCGGCAAAUCCGGCACCAAAUGCUUUCGGGCAGCCCUCCAAACUCAACCCUGGCGGGUUUGGUCAGGCGUCGCCUUCGCCCUUUGGCCAGGCUCCUUCGACUGGCCCUUUUGGAGCCCCACCAGCGCAACCCUCCUCUGCCCCUGAACAGUCUAUGGACAUGUCUGGACCGCCAGCAACCCCAGCAACAAGCUCAGCACCUUUCGGUCAGACACCUGCCGCUGCAAAUAACAAUCCCUUUGGACAGCCUUCGCAGCCAGCAUCCAAUCCAUUUGGACAGGCGCCCGCCGCCAGCAAUCCUUUUGGCGCUCCACAAGCUGCCGCAGCGAGUGCGCCCGACGGGCCGUCACCCUAUGCUCCCGGAGCUACGCGUCAGCAUCCUCCCGCCUCGACAUAUAUCACCAGGAAUCCAAAUGGAACCUUGAAUACUUUUAAAGGCAAGAGUGUAUCGUAUGAGACCCCGAAGGCGGGAUCCGCCGAGACGGCGCCAUUCCCAGCAGUGCGGAACUUUGACGGCACUGUGACGCGGAUAUGGAAUCCCAAUGGACCGCCGACAUACUACAGCGAUACUGAAGCGGCACCAGAAGCGUACGAUGCCGCCACCAGAGCUGCGUGGGAGCCGUUCAUAAACACUGGACGUUUCCAGAACGCGACGAUUCCAGAAGUGCCGCCGCUUAGGGAAUGGUGUACUUGGGAUUUUUAAACGUUUGAGAAGGUCUUUUUUGCAGACGUCUAAACGAUGUAAUUGUCUGGAUCACUUAUGAAAGAAAUUGUGUACAUAGCACUUGAGGAUUUGAACCGGCGUUCGGAUUGUAGAAUGAAAACUGAGUGACUGUAAUAGUCGAAUGAAUUGCAUUGGUCUUGGGUUUCUUGUUGAAUACUAGGGUGGAGUUAUGGGCCAGACAUUUACAGGGGUAGAUGAAUAUUAAGUGCCCUACUGGUGGUGUAUGAAAUGGC